AUGGUCUGCGUCGCCCUGGAAAGGUAUCUAUCUGUCUAUCCAGUAUUCAUCGCCCACCCACUGUGGUACCGCUGCAGACGAACCAUCAAGACCUCUGUGGUGCUCUGUGUCCUGGUCUGGGUCCUUUCUCCUGUCUGUGCCAUCGUAUUAGAUUUCGGUAAUUAUCUGGCCACAUACAUAAUCUUCGCCAUCCUCUUCCUCCUUCCCUUCCCACUGUUAAUAUUCUUCCUGGUUGGGACCCUCAAAGCCCUGUCUGCUUCCAUCUCGGUCCCCUCUGAUGAAAAUCGACGAAUUGUGGGAAUUUUGGUUCUGGUGCUGCUUAUUUACACUCUGCUGUUCCUGCCCACCAUCAUUUGGUUCUUGAAAGUAUACACUGACAAUAACCGAUUGGUAGACUCCAGACUCAACCUUCUGUAUCUUACAAUUGUUAGAUUCAGUCCUCUUGCAGACUUGUUCCUGUAUGUGUUCAUGAGGAAAGGGUUCAUAGACAAGCUUUUGGCCUCUGUGUGUUGUGCAAUGGACAGCAAUGAUAUCAGCAGG